AUGCAAACGGCAACAACCCCACCCCUGAACCCGCGCCUCUGGGCCGGCGGGAUAGACCAGUACCUCGCCGACAACGAUAUCACCUGCGCCUCCGCAGCCCCGAUAGACGCCGGCACAUCCUGCUACAUUUGGCGACUGGACAGCCUUUCGCACCCCGGCCAUACGCCCACCGAGCCGGCCGUGCUGAAGUGCGCCGACAGCACCCCCAAGUUCAGCAACGACGCCGUCUCCCCCGCCCGGCUGUCAACCGAGGUCCGGGCGCUGACGUGCCGCGCCGUGGCGGAAGCGUCGCGGGCGGAGCCGAGCGUGCGGGUGCCGAGGGUGUUAAGAGUCACAGAGAACGGGUUCAUCAUGUCAUGGGCAGGGGAAGUGAACCUCCUUGACGCAUUCCGGAGCGAUCCUAAGCUGGACGUUGCGGAUAUCGGCGCGCGGAUUGGGAAAUGGCUGGGCUGUCUGCAAGUUGCGGGCGUCGACUCGGGGGCACCCGGUUUUGAGCCUGUCAACCCGGAGCUGGGACGGUUUUACAACCCCGGCGGAUUCAUGGAUAAGCUAGUUCAGUCCGUGGUGACGGAUGGCAAGGAGAGCGACAGGAUUCUGGCCGCGCUGCGCGGGACGGAGACGGUGCGCACGCUGACGGCGUGGGAUUUCCGGCCGAUGAACGCCCUACUCCGCUUCUCGGGCGGCUCCAACAACAACAACAACAACAACAACAGACCGGACAUCUACAUCGUGGAUUGGGAGCUCGCGCAGUUCGGCGAAGCAGCCGGGGAUGUGGGCAUGUGGUGCGUUGAAGCGAUGGUGCUGGAGGGCAAGCACGGCGGCGACAGGGGCUUGCUGCGGUCGUUUUUGCAAGCGUAUAAACAGCACGCUGCGGGCAUUGUGGACGAGACGUUUGUGUGCAAGCUCGCGAUGGUCGUCGGCGUGAUGCUGGUGUACUUCAUGCGCAUCGCGCCGCGGCUCUGGGGUAGUACGGAGGAGGAGGUGGGCAGCUGGAGGGGGCUCGCGGUGGAGUUUCUGAGGGCGGGCGCGGAGAGGGAUUUGGGGUGGCUGAGGGAGAGUUUGAUUGGAAUUGUUAUGUGA